UUAGCUUCCUUGAUCAGAUUUGCUCCCUGAAGUGAUUAAGUUAUCACAGACUCCCACUCCUCAAACUGGCCAGAAUUUGUGUCACUGUAGCUGACUUUCCUUCCUGCCGCAGCUUAUCAGUUCAGUUCCAGACAAGACUGACAGCUACAGAGAGCGAAACCACAAAAGCAAUCUAGGGUCGGGGACAAGUUACACUUGCCUCCGCCCAUAUCCUACGCUAGAGGGCGGUAACGCUUGCGCCGAGGAGAGCUUGCGUAAAGGAAAGUGACGCCUGCGCAAGAGAGUGUGCGCGGGCCCUUUGCCGAGGGAAGUUGGGGUCUAGUUCCGGUUCCGCUUCUGGUACAGCUCUUGUCCUUGCCAAGUGUUCAGUUGUCGCAGUUGGUGAGGAGCCGAAGUGACCAAAAUGCUGCGGAACUUGCUGGCUCUUCGCCAAAUUCCCCAGAGGACCAUAAAUGCUGCCCCAGUCAGGCAGUUUAAAAACAAAGUUCCAGAAAAACAAAAGCUAUUCCAGGAGGAUGAUAGCAUUCCAGUGCAUCUAAAAGGUGGGGUAGGAAGUGCUCUACUGUAUAGAGCCACCAUGCUUUUUACAGUUGUUGGAACAGUUUAUGCCCUUUAUCAGCUUGGCAUGGCUUCAUUUCCCAAGAAACAGAACUGAUUCAAGUUUACGUCCACAGAAGUCACUUGAUUCGACUUCAUGCAGCUUUCCAGGGAACAAUCUGUGAUAAAUAGCUGAGUUCAUUUUGGGGAUCAAUAUUUAUUGAACUGUAUUAACUGCAAUCAAUAAAGCAGUUUUACCUUG